AUGGCUGUGCUGUUGGAUGCCCUUGGCGUUCGGCGACAGGGUCUUGUCGCACGCCUCUCAUCGCAGCUGGCUUCCUGCAUGUUGCAGGGCAGCCGGCGCAAUCAGGUUAUCCUGCAAGGUAGCCUCGGCGGGGCCGUUGUGCUGAUCCCCAUCUAUCCUCCGAAGAGAGUUUGGCGGCCGCCGAGCUCUUCGCUUGAGCGCAUGCCGGAGGCUGCCUCUCGGCAGUUGGCGCAGCUGAGCUUGGUUGCACUCUUGGCAACCUGGCGGGCAGGAGGUGUCGCGGCUCCUGUGACCACAGAGCUAUUGGAGCCUCCACGUGAUCGCGAAGGGCGGUUGCUCACGCAGCUGGCGUGGAACCGUUGCGAGAUACCCGCGCAGCUGCAACAAUGGCGGCCAGAUUUCGUCCUCAGCUUUGGAGCGCUGGAUGAGAUCUUCUCCCGCACGGCGUCAAACCGAAGAGCUCCCUGGAGCCUCCGCGUGCCGCACAUCCGCGUGAAGCUCGGACUGGAACACAGAAGCCACAAAGCCACGUUCCCUUCCCCGGAGUUGAAGAACGACUCUGGCCUCGAUCCUGCAGAUGUUGCCAUCUCCUUCUCUGGAGGUGAGCAGGUUACUUUCGCUGCUUUGCUGUCUGCAAUGGCAGAUCCAGCUGGCAACAUGCCAUGUGGCAGUGAGGGCGCAGCUGGGAUUGUGCGGCUGCUGCGGAUGGCCCAGGAGCGAUGUUCAAGCGCCCCUGAGCAUCCCCGAGAGCGUCCUUGGUGGGAACGGGAACGCGAGUCCCGAGACACCCUUGGGCUUCCAGGGCCCUGGCCCCCGAAGCGCCUGCCAAAGCUGCAGACGAUGUGGGUGGCAGUGGAUGCUGCAGAUCCCAGCCGCCAGGGCCGCACCGUUGAUGGUCAUGUCUACUACUGGAACCGUGAAACCAACGAAACCACCUGGACCAGCCCCUGGGGUGGCCGACGGUCGCAGCUUCGCUCCAGGAUGCUCCAGGUGCCGUCUCCCAAUGGGUCUCUUGGUGCCCGGGUUACCCGGAACUCGGGCAGGAUCAUGUUUGGGCGCCGCUCAGCUGGUCGUCAGGUUCGGAAUGCCCAGGCGAGCUUGGUGCUCGAAUACAUGAGCCGAAGGCCGACUCGACAAGCAAUGGCGCCGGAACUCCAGGAACUCCAGGAACCGUCGCCUCCCUUGCGACGGCGAGUGGCCUAA